GUUCAAAAUUCGGUUUACAGCGAGUGUUACGAAUCAAGUGGUUGCCAUGAUGAUAGGCGAUAAUUAUCGCCUAGAAUUACAUAAAUACCAAAUCUUGUGACACGUGAUAAUUAUCGUAUACGACUUUCAUCACUGAUUUCAAGAAUACGGCCCCUAUAAGUCGAACACGAACAUCAAGCAAAGAUCAUUUCACAUCUCUACUAUAUGUCAAACUGUCAACAUUGUACCGUCAAAUGUCAAGAGAAGCAAGACAAAAUGUCAAAUAGUCAAAUUCAAAAAUUAACGUAAAAUCUGCUCGAAAGAACAUUGGUAACCGACUAUUCAUAAGUAUUUAAAUUACUUUCUGGUAAAAAUAGCAAAUUUAGUUUAAAUGAUGGAUGAUAUAAUUACCUUUAAUAAAAGCCUGCAACAGCGAUACCAAGAAUACCGAGAAGUGUUCGGAGGGCUUCCUGUUCCCUACAGAAAGUUGAACAAAUGUUGGACCUUUUACCUUCAAUUUACAGUAGAUGUCAUAGGAUGGCAGGCCGUUUGGAAAAUACCAAGACUCACUUGCGAAUCUCUGUGCAUUUCCUUCCCUUCGUUUGUCUUGGUUUUGGUACUGGAAAUCGAUUUUGAAAAUCUUGAGGCAUUGGUGAGGGUACUGGCUGUGAGAGAUGACAUUGUUAUUCCAGACAUUCACAGAGUGCAAUUGAUUCAGUUGGGGUGACGAAAGAUCAGGAUAAGUCUAUAGCUUUAAAUUUGGAGUCCACAGCUAAUUCCAUAGAUAUGCUGAGGUUUUUCUAUUUGUAUUUAGUGAGACCUUGGGAUGAAGAUGAGGAGUCAGAUUGGGUUUCAAGUCAUCUGGAGAGCAGACUGAGGUUAUACUAUGAUCUGAAGAGUGGUUCCAUACCAAGAGCAUGUGCUGAACAUAUACAUUCAUUGUUGACUCAAGCAAGAAGUUUGGCAAACAAGAGAGACUUCUUAAGGAAAAAGAUAACUCGAGAUUGCUUGGAAGAAGACUUGUAUAUGGAUACCUUUACGAAAAUUUACUGUGAGUUACUAGAACUGCAGCCUCAUAUAGAUAUGGCAGAGGAUCCUCUAUUAAGGGAUUUCUUAGUAAAAAAACUGGACCAAUAUGAGUUCGGGUGACCAAAGAAGUGAAGAAGAGACAUGGAUAAUAUAUGAUCAAGGCACAGCUAAUGAUUACAUGAACUUUU